UUCCACUAACCCUGACUUUUGUUGUUUACAUUGACAACCAAGAAAAAAGUCAGUAAGGUUCAAAUCGUGAUAAUGACGCGUCCAAAAUAUUUCACACCCAAUGAAGUUGCGAUACACAAUACAGUAGAUGAUUUGUGGGUGUCUUUUCUUGGAAAAGUUUACAAUCUCACCCCUCUCUGUGAAAAAUACCAAGGUGAUGUUCUGCUGAAACCCAUUGUACAAGCAGCUGGGAAAGACAUUUCACACUGGUUUGAUAGAAAAACCAAAGAUAUUCGUACAAAUGUAGAUCCACAAACAGGCUGUGUGAUACCAUAUGCUCCCAAUGGAAGAUUUGUACAUAUUCCACCACCAUACCCUGACUCCUCCUGGGCCAAUGAUUUUGGCCGACCUUGGUGGAAAGAUGACAGUUACCUUGUCGGCAUUCUGUCAAAGAAAACAAGAAAUAUCAAAAUUAUUAACACAUUGACAUCACAGGAACAAGUGAUCGAGGUUUGUUCAGAAGAAAUAAUGACAGAAAUUUUGGAGCGCUACUUGAAGUACAACGCCCAUGCCGCUAGCUAUACCUGGAAAUACGACGGCAGAAAUCUGGACAUGAACCAAACACUUGAGGAAAAUAAUAUUCAAGAUGACGACGAAGACUUUUACAAAUUAAGCAUGAAUGAUGACACUUUCUUACAAUCAGUGCAACUCUACUAUAACGAUGAUCUCACCGAAGCCUAAA